GCCCCGGCCAUGGCUCUGUAGCCGCGACUCCUUUGUGCCCUCGGCCCAUCUCCGUGCUUACCGCGCCUGCGCUUUCCGCUCCCGCUUUCUUUCUUCAACCGAGGCAGCCGUUGCCUCUCCUUUCCGCAGCCAUGGAGUCCUUCACUUUCGCCUUGGUGCCUGUCUUUGCCCAGCUGAGCAGCAUCCAGAGUCUCUUUCCUGCUGUUGGUGCAGCCUCAUCCUUUGCCAUUGGUGCUCAGCACCUGUGCUACAGCCAUGUCACUCCUGGCAACCCUGGGGCUGGAGCUGGACAGGGCCCUGCUCCCAGCUAGUGGGCUGGGCUGGCUGGUAGACUAUGGGAAACUCCCCCUGGCUCCUGCCCCUCUGGCCCCCUAUGAAGUCUUUGGGGGAGCCCUGGAGGGCGGGCUUCCAGCAGGGGGAGAGCCCCUGGCAGGUGAUGGCUUCUCUGACUGGAUGACUGAGCGAGUUGACUUUACAGCCCUCCUCCCUCUGGAGUCCCCCUUCCCCCCAGGUGCCCUCCCCCCACCUUCCCCAUCCCCACCUGACCUGGAAGCCAUGGCUUCCCUCCUCAAGAAGGAGCUGGAACAGAUGGAAGACUUCUUCCUUGAUGCCCCACUUCUCCCGCCACCCUCCCCACCACUACCACCACCACCACCACCACCACUGCCACCUGCCCCCUCCCUCCCUCUCCCCCUCCCCACCUUUGACCUUCCCCAGCCUCCUGCCCUGGACACACUGGACUUGCUGGCUAUUUACUGCCGCAGCGAGGCCGGGCAGGGGGAGGCGGGGUUGGCGUCCUUGCCCCCACCACAGCAGCCACCUCCACCUCCUCCACCUCAACCCUCUCGCCCGGCCCCCUACCCCAAUCCUGCCACCACCCGAGGGGACCGUAAGCAAAAAAAGAGAGACCAGAAUAAGUCAGCUGCUCUGAGGUACCGCCAGAGGAAACGGGCAGAGGGUGAGGCCCUGGAGGGGGAGUGCCAGGGGCUGGAGGCACGGAACCGUGAGCUGCGGGAGAGGGCUGAGUCGGUGGAGCGUGAGAUCCAGUAUGUCAAAGACCUGCUCAUUGAAGUGUACAAAGCUCGGAGCCAGAGGACGCGCAGCAGCUAGUGGGGUGGGGGCCGAGGGCUGGCCUUCAACUAGGGCUCACUUCUGUGUCUGGGGCCAGGGAGAGGGCUCUCUCCAUCACUCCCUGUCCCCAGUUUCAUUCCAGACCCUUCUCCCUUUUGUACUCAUCGCCUCUUUUGCCCAUUUCUGAGCUGUGCUUCCCCCUUCCUUCCCCAGAAUCAAGGAAUCAGGGAAUGUUUGGCCUUAGCAUUUACAAGUAACAUCAAGUAGCAGCCAAAAACAGGGAGAGCUCCACAGGGGAACACAGGUAGCAGGGAGGGCUGGGAAACCUAGUCUCUUGAAUCUCAAAUCUGGUUUCUUGCAAGUGGUUCUCAGUGGUGUGCAGAGUGGACGUGGGAUAGAGUAGAGGAGCAGAUGCAGAAUGACUAUGCCAAUGACAACAUAAGUCAGGGAGGGAUUCAGGAAGGGGACCGUAUAAUAGAAGCAAAAACAUGCCAAGUGACCUUGGGGGGGGGGCGGGGAAGCUAAAAUGUGGCCAAGUUAGCAGAGGAGGUGGAUAUGCAGGCAGAUGUGAGGAGGGACAGGGUGGGGGACAGCCAUUGUUGGUGACUGGGUGUUCAUUUUAGCUCUGGGAGAAAAUCAGUGUUUUGUGAAGGUGUUGGGGGUGGGGCUGCAUCUAGGUGAGGGAGGGCAGUUAUGAACAGAAAUAAAAUGAAGAAUUUCCUCUGGCUUGUGUGUC